AGAUAACUGAACUUACAAUUAAGAUCAUGCAAAUUUAAAUGAUGGAUCUAUUGAAUAAUAAAGAGUAUCAUAAAUCUAAUUGAUAAUGAUACAAUUCCAUUGAAACUAUUCAUUCUUCACUUGACUUUCAUGAAUCUGGAGUACAUCCAACAAUAGCCAGCAAAAAAUUGUUCACAUCACAACGACAGUGUUAAUGAUGAUGAUGCUGACAAUAAUAAUAAUGAUUCACCUGACUAUAUAACACAGUGAAAUGCAAACGUUAAAACAAACAAAGAUCAAAAAAAUACGAAAUGACAUUACCUAUUUCAUUAAUGUCUAUAAAUCAUUGUGAUACUAACAUUAUCACCAACGGUAACACGAAUAAUAAUCAUAAUAUUAAUAAUGAUUAUAAUGUUAAUCAUAAAAUCAUGAAAUCCCUAAGUGAAUAUCACAUAAAUGAACACAAACAAAAAUUCCAUCAUAAUUUACAGACAAAUUUCAAGGAAUUCACUUGUUUAUCACAAAUUAUUAAACAAACUAAUCAAUCGGCUCAUAAUUCUGAGUAUAAAAAAGAAGUAUCUACAUCAAAUAAUGACAAUAUGAAGUUUUUCCAGCAUGAAAAUGAACAAGUAAUACAAUCUCAACAAUAUUAUUCUAUACCAAGAAUGAAUGAAAAACCUAGGGAUUUAAGAAGUCAUCACAACUGUCUAAAACAGCUAAUAAACUCAAGUAGUCCACAGCCAUUUGAUAGUAGCCAAAUCACAUCUCCUGAAGAUACUCAAUUUAGUACAUCAAUGCCAACACACUCUUCAAACAUGUCCGAUUUUCCAGACAGUAAACUAUUUCACAAUCAUACAAUUGAUCACACAGAUCUACCGGUUACAACAGAUGGAUCUUUUGAAGCAUUUAAAAUAUUGAACGAUCCUCUAGAUCAUAAUUACACUCAAACUGAAGAUCAUAUGCAAUAUCGUUCAUUACAUGAUACAAUACAAGAUGGGAAAUUUCCAUAUACAAAAAUGAAUUCGCGAACAAUCUCUGAAAAUACAUCCGAUAAUAGUAUUCAACCUACAAAUAUUGAAAAAAGUUACAACCAAGUCAAAAGUACAAUGAGUAAAAAACAAACAUUAACAAAUUUUAAUGAAUAUCCACCAACUCCCGGUAGUUCAUUCGGUCAACGAGAAAAAAUAAGUGGUGCUAAACUUUCUUUUCAUCAUAUUUCUUAUGAAGUAAAAAUUCAAAAGACACUCUGUAGUAAACCAGUGAUAAAGACAAUACUUGAUGAUGUCAGUGGAAUUCUUCGACCCGGAAUGAAUGCCCUUAUGGGACCAACUGGAAGUGGAAAAUCUUCGCUUCUAGAUGUAUUAGCUGGUCGUAAAGAUCCGAGAUUUCUUUCUGGAAAAGUUUUAAUUGACGGUAGACCUCAACCGAAAAACUUCAAGUGUAUUUCCGGUUAUGUUGUUCAGGAUGAUAUUGUAAUGGGAACCUUAACAGUAAGAGAGAAUUUAAGUUUUUCAGCAGCCCUACGAAUGACUAUGCAUUGUACAACAGAAGAAAGAAAUCAAAAGGUCAACGAUAUCAUUGACGAGUUGGGUUUAAAUGCUGUAGCGGAUAGUAAGGUUGGGACUGAAUUAGUUCGUGGAGUAUCAGGUGGUGAACGUAAAAGAACUAGUAUUGGAAUGGAACUUAUUACAGAGCCACCAGUACUGUUUUUAGAUGAACCAACUACUGGUUUAGAUGCAUAUAUGGCAGGUCAAGUCGUAAAAACACUUAAAGCUUUAGCCAAGCGUGGUCGUACCAUCAUAUUUUCUAUACAUCAACCUAAAUAUUCAAUUUACAAAUUAUUUGAUACGUUAACUUUAAUCUACCGAGGUCAAAUAAUUUAUCAUGGAUUGGCAAAAAAAGAACCAAUACGUUAUUUUGGUCGUUUGGGUUAUGUUUGUGAAAAUCAUAAUAAUCCGCCAGAUUUUUUCAUGGAUGUUAUACAUGGUGAAUGUUUGCGUCAACAUGGAAAUACGUCAGAUGUCCAAAUUAUGGAUCAUAAUGAUACUCAAGAAAGAAUGCAUUUAGUUGGACAACAACUUAUUCAAGACUGGCAAACUUCUGAAAUGGCUCAACAUGUGCUGGAAGAAGUUAGCUCGAUCGCUAAUCGAUUGGAAAAAUAUGAAAAUGGUUCAAAAAAGAGUAAAGAUAAUGCUGUAGAUAUAUUAUUUGCUGCAUCAUAUAUUCGACAAAUCAAUAAAGUGUGUUGGAGAUCAAUACUGAAUCUAUUACGAGAUCCUCUAGCAUCAGUGAUACAAACUAUUGUUUAUUUAUUUUUUGCAUUAUCCAUGGGUAUAGUUUAUUUUCAAAUGAAUGAUUCUUUGGAAUCUGGUAUACAAAAUCGUACUGGAUUAUUUUAUUUUUGUACAUUACAAGUGAUAUUUGUAAAUUUGGCUACAAUUGAGUUAUUUAUUAAAGAACGUGUACUUUUUAUACAUGAAAGUUCAAGUGGUUAUUAUCAAGUCUCAGUAUACUUUUUCUCUAAAAUUCUCUGUGAUAUAAUACCAACUAAAGUACUACCUAUAUUAUUCUUUAUGCCGAUAUGUUAUUGGAUGGCUGGUUUACAGAAAACGUUUGGAGCUUUUAUGUUUUUCGAAUUACUUCUAUGCCUUACAACGUUAGCUGCUGCUGCAAUUGCUUUGUUUAUAUCAGCAAGUGUUACAGUCUUUGGAUUGGCUAAUGCUAUAAUAUCGAUUAUUUAUGUGUUUAUGAUGGUUUUUUCUGGUUUCUUAAUCAAUUUAAAAUCUAUGGCUGUUUGGCUUAGUUGGCUUCGUUACUUCUCUAUAUUUCGUUACAGUAUGGGCGGUUUACUGAUUAUGGAAAUGACAACACUUCGAUUUUGUCCUAUGGAUAAAUCGAAUACAACAAUUAAUAGGCAAUGGUAUGAUAAUUUAUUCUUUGUUGUUUUACAAUUGAUCGCUUUUUAUUUUUUUAAAAUUAUCAUUGGCUUGCUUGAAGGAUUAAAGGAUCGAAUGUAGCUAAAUUUUUUACUCAGUUCUCAUCAUUUUACCAGGCAUCUGCUGUUUUGAGCAUUCUUAUACAUCAAAAUUAGGAACUGAAUAAAUUAAUUAUAAAUUUCCUUCAAGUCUUACUGUUUUGGGUUUAAAUUUCCUUCACUUCAGUUAUUUGUUCUUACGCUAUCAUUCUUUAUUUUGAAUAUAUUAAUCCCACCAUCUACUCAUUUAUCCGCUUACUCUUAUUUUGCUGCUUAAUCAACUUAUUUCUAAGGACAUUUUAAGUAAGUUUAUAGUAUAGUUUAUGUAUAAUAAUGAUUCACUUUCAAUUAUAUAUGGUGAUAUGAUUUUAUGAAAUUGUAGCUUUCUUUUAUCACUAGGCCAUAAAAAAAUAAUCGAUUUCUCCACUCAUUCAGAUAAGCAUUCAGCCUUAGUUCUCAUUAAUAUGAAAGUAUAUAUGAUUCGUAAACAUGUUCCAUUGUUUAAUUCUGGUCAUUGUAUUAUUCGUGUUCUGCUUAAGGCAUAUGACAAACUUGAAAAGAGUACACUCUGAUUGCAAACAAAGAAAGUUAAAUACAGGAAUUGCUCAGAAUAAAAUAUCCAUGAUCUGCAAAAAAACAUGCUGGCAUUUAUUCACAAAUGACUCAAUGACAAACUUUGGUGAUGUUUGUUAUGCCAUUGAAUCUAUUUUUGUAAGUUUUGAUCGACCUAUAUCUUCACAAUUAAAACGAUUACGAAGGAAAAAAAAUAUAAAAAAAUGUGCAAGGAGCUGCGAUACGAGUAUAUUAAACCAUAUCAGUUCGCUUACGAGACUAUACCCCUGUUUUUGAUUUUGUCCCAACACCACAACUACUAAACACGUUUGCCAGCGUCAAUACUACUAGCUUGACAACUGACUGGUUAUUCUCUUACCUCUGUGGAAGAAAACAGUACACUGUGCCGACAGGAAAGUGUUCUACAUCCUUACUCACUCAAAAAAAGUAUGUCUCAAGGAGCUAUCCUUCCCCCUUUUUUUCCGUCAUCUACAAAAAGCACGUUCAUUAAUUAUGCGAACGAUCUAACUGUAUGUACGUCAAUUUCUGACUCUUGAGAUCCUUUUGCAAUAUGUUUUUGUUGCUCAUUGAACCGUAGCCUGUUUCUAAUGGUCCCACACUUAAUGCUUCUGAAUGUCAAGCUGUUAAUUUCAGCUUGGACAUGAGCAGCACUUAAAGACCCGAUUGUGAUCCUACAAAGUUUGUACUACUGAGGAUUUUGUAAUAAAGUGUCAAAGGUCAUUUAUCUUGGCGUAACUUUUUCCUUUGGUAUCUCUUCGCCUUCUUAGGUUUUAUUGAUAUCAAAGAAAGUUUCUCGUUUAACUUAUUAUAUAUUUACUUUUACGACUCGUGAAUCCUUGGUUAUUACCAAUUCAUCCUUUUUAUUCUCCAUUAUUCUUUACCGGGCUUUUGAGGAAAGAUUUUUCUGUUUUGCAAAGAAUGCUUAAGGUGAUUCGCAUGGUGUGUAGUGAAUCUUUUGGAGUCAUCAUGAAUAUGGUUGUGGAUAGAAAUUUAAAAUCUUGCGAACUCCUAGCAAAUGCUAUCUUAUCAAAUACUAACCAUCCAAUUUAGUUACAACUUUCUCCUUUUGUAUUUCCUCGUAGAACGAGGAGCUAAUACUUUAGCAUCCAUGUACGCAAGCAAAGGCAUAAAAGUCUUACAAUAUCUUGUCUGAAAGUUAUUUGUAACUUCCAAAGUCAUGAUAUACAUGCAUCUUAUGAAUAAAGUAGAUAUAAAUGGAAUUUAUACACAACUUUUGAAAUAUCUUAACACCAGUUAUUUUUUGAAUGUAUUUAGACAGAAUGCGUACAUAAUAUGACACUAGAUAUAUGCAGUAACGAAUUCAAUCUCAUCUCACUGAAACCAAUUCCAAAGUCUAUUAUUCUUGUUUUAUUUAUGCAACAUUUUUGGAAAAAAUCAAAAUGACCAUUAACAAUGGGAUGAGAAAUCAGUCAAAAAUUGCUAUACUGUUGUUACACUCGGUUCCUUACUGUUCAGUAUUAAGGUUUAAAAUGUAUACAUUUUGUGAUUUUAAUUGCAAUUAAAAAUUAAGAAAUGAAUUAUAAGAAUAAAAGUGUUUAAACAUAUCUUUUGUGAUUAAAUUAAGUAACUAUGUUGAUGUCUAUGCUUUCUCUCACUUCAUAACCCUCUUUACAGUCAAAAUGGCACGACAUAUUUGGAAGACCAAGAGAUCCCUUAUAUGACUGGAUGGGAUUUAUGGUCUAAUGUUGUUGGGUUGGUAGUAAUUAUGAUUGCAUUUUACAUUCUUUGUUAUGUUCGACUUCGACUACUCAAUAAAUACAAGUAGUCUAACAGGCAAAUAUGGAUAAUUUGUUGAUGCGCGUUAACUGGGACAGCUUAGCUCGCGACAGUAUUUAUGCAAACAUAGAUGACCAGGACAAAGGGGUAUGUAAACCUCAAAAUUAAUUUACACAAUUUUAACCUUUUCUGAUGGUGCGUCGCGUUGGAUAAUCUAUUUACAAGCUACUUUAUGAAAGAAGAAAGAAAAAAAACCGGUUUUGGGUAUAAACUUCAAUAUGUCAACACACAAGACCCUAUAAUUUGUACAUAAAUAACAUUGGUGACCUAGUUAAGUUGUAUUUUAUUGAAAAAGUCUAUUUUUAUGAUAC